AUGUCCAGAUCGACCGCGACGCGCGCGGGGGCGAUCGCGCGCGCGCGCGCGCGCGUGGGCGCGCGCGAAGGGACGAUCUCGCGCGCGACGGACGCGAGGGCGGGGAGGAAGCUCGCGCGACCGACGCGACGGUCGAUCGUCGUCGAGGCCGCGGCGAGCGGGAAGAAGAUAUCGCAGAAUGAGUUCACGCAGCGCGCGUGGGACGCCAUCGUGGCGGCGCCGGAGACGGCGAAGCAAUACAAUCAGCAAAUCGUGGAGACGGAGCACCUGUGCGACGCGGUGUGCUCGCAAAAGGAGUCGUUCGCGAUGCGCAUCUUCGCCCAAGCGGGGGUGAAGGAUUUGAAAGUCGUGCUCACAAAAACGAGGGAUUUUAUUCAGGCGCAACCCACGGUGAGCGGGGCGCCGCAGCAGGUGUUGGGGAGGUUUUUGGAGACGCUCGUGGAUGACGCGAGAAACAUCUCGAAGGACAUGUCAGACGAGUUCGUGGCGAUCGAGCAUCUCGUGCUCGCGCUGGCGAAGGACGAGAGGUUUGGGAAGGGGUUGAUGGCAGAUUUGGGGGUGACGUACGCCUCGCUCGAGGGGGCGGUGAUCACACUUCGUAGGGGCGAGAACGUCACGGAUCAGGACGCCGAGAGCAAGUACGAGGCUUUGAAAAAAUACUCGCGGGAUCUGACCGAGGAAGCGAGGCAAGGAAAGCUCGAUCCCGUGAUCGGUCGAGAUGACGAGAUCCGACGAACGAUUCAAAUUCUGAGCAGGCGAUCAAAGAAUAAUCCAGUGCUCAUCGGAGAGCCCGGCGUCGGGAAGACGGCGGUGGCGGAGGGACUUGCGCAGCGCGUGGUGAGUGGCGACGUCCCAACGUCCCUCCAGGACGUGCAGAUUAUGUCUCUGGACAUGGGCUUGCUCAUCGCCGGCGCAAAGUUCCGCGGAGAGUUCGAGGACAGACUCAAGGCGGUGAUGAAGGAAGUCGCCGACUCGAUGGGAAAGAUAAUUUUGUUCAUCGACGAGAUUCACACAGUCGUUGGCGCCGGCGGAGGAGGCGGAGGCAAUGGUAUGGAUGCGGGCAACUUGCUCAAGCCCAUGCUCGGACGAGGAGAGCUGCGAUGCAUCGGUGCGACGACGUUGGAUGAGUAUCGGACGUACAUAGAGAAGGAUCCCGCGCUGGAGCGCCGAUUUCAACAAGUUUUGGUGGCGCAACCGUCGGUGGAGGACACCAUCAGCAUUUUGCGUGGCUUGCGCGAACGUUAUGAGCUCCAUCAUGGGGUAUCCAUAUCCGAUAGUGCUCUUGUGGACGCGGCAACUCUCAGCGACAGGUACAUUGCCGACAGGUUUUUACCCGACAAAGCGAUCGAUCUCGUGGACGAAGCGGCGGCAAAGUUGAAGAUGGAAAUCACCUCCAAACCAACGGUUCUUGAUGAAAUCGAUCGCGAGAUUCUCAAGCUUCAGAUGGAGAAGAUUUCUUUGUCCCGCCCUGGGGCGGCUCGCGAUCAGCGAUCGAUUCAGUCCAAGCUCGAUAAACUCGACACGGACUUGAAGUCUCUCAGCGUGAAGCAAGCCGAGCUCAACAGUCAGUGGCAGGGUGAGCAAAACAAGUUAAAAGCGAUUCAGACCCUCAAAGAGGAGAUAGAUUCGGUGGCGAUCAGCAUUCAACGUGCCGAGCGUGAGUACGACCUCAACAAGGCGGCAGAGCUGAAGUAUGGUACGCUCAUGAACCUCCAACGAAAGUUGAACGAGGCGGAGGAGGUGCUCGAGCAGGCGACCUCAUCAGGAGAGCCGACGCUGUUGCGAGACGAAGUCACGGAAACCGAUAUCGCCGAUGUCAUCUCAAAGUGGACCGGGAUCCCGGUUUCGAAACUCCAGCAAGGUGAACGUGAGAAACUCCUGGACUUGCCCGCUGAGCUCCACAAGAGAGUCGUCGGUCAAGACGAAGCUGUGCGAUCUGUGUGCGAGGCGAUUCAACGCUCGCGCGCGGGUCUCUCUGAUCCGAACCGUCCUAUCGCGAGCUUUAUGUUUCUCGGUCCAACGGGGGUCGGUAAGACGGAAUUGUGUAAGACGCUCGCCUCAUUCUUGUUCAAUACCGAAGAGGCGAUGAUUCGUAUCGAUAUGAGCGAGUACAUGGAGAAACACUCGGUGAGUCGCUUGAUCGGCGCACCUCCCGGAUACGUUGGCUUUGAGGAGGGUGGGCAACUCACUGAAGCGGUUCGCAGGCGACCGUAUUCCGUCGUGCUCUUUGACGAGAUGGAAAAGGCGCACGGCGACGUUUUCAACGUGUUGCUUCAGAUCCUAGACGACGGUCGCGUCACGGAUUCGCAAGGACGCCUUAUCAACUUCAAGAACACCAUUCUCAUCAUGACAUCAAACAUCGGCAGUCAGUACGUGUUAGAUUCCAACGAAAGUUCCAAAGACACACGUCGUGAACGCGUCAUGGAGGCCGUGCGCGGUCAUUUCCGCCCAGAGUUCAUCAAUCGUGUGGACGAAUGGAUUGUAUUUGAUCCGCUCGCCAAGGAUCAGGUCACCGCUAUCGUUGAGCAACAAAUAAUGCGGGUCGCCGAUCGGCUUAAGGAUCGCAAGAUUGGUCUCGAGGUAUCUACGGCGGCGGUAACGCUCUUGUCCGACGCUGGUUUCGAUCCCGCCUUUGGUGCGCGUCCCGUGAAGCGCGCCGUCCAGAGCUUGUUGGAGACAGCCAUCGCGCAGGCCAUUCUCCGUGGAGACGUGAUCGAUGACCAAAUCGCCGUCGUGGACGUCUCUGCUGACGUUCCCGGAAAGCUCGCGGUGACCACCAAAGCGCGAGUGCCCGAGCCGACCUCGAGAUGA